AGAUCGAAAUGGCUUCCAGAGGAAAGACAGAGACAAGCAAAUUAAAGCAGAAUCUAGAAGAACAGUUGGAUAGACUAAUGCAGCAAUUACAAGAUCUGGAGGAGUGCAGAGAGGAACUCGAUACAGACGAGUAUGAAGAAACCAAAAAGGAAACUCUGGAGCAGCUAAGUGAAUUUAAUGAUUCCCUGAAGAAAAUCAUGUCUGGAAAUAUGACUCUGGUCGAUGAGCUAAGUGGAAUGCAGCUGGCUAUCCAGGCAGCUAUCAGCCAGGCCUUUAAAACCCCAGAGGUCAUCAGGUUAUUUGCAAAGAAACAACCAGGUCAGCUUCGGACAAGGUUAGCAGAGAUGGACAGAGAUCUCAUGGUAGGGAAGCUGGACAGAGGCCUGUACACACAACAGAAAGUGGAGAUACUAACAGCUCUCAGGAAACUUGGAGAGAAGCUGACUGCAGACGAUGAGGCCUUCCUGUCAGCAAAUGCAGGUGCUAUACUCAGCCAGUUUGAGAAAGUCUCCACAGACCUUGGCUCCGGAGACAAAGUUCUUGCAUUGGCAAGUUUCGAAGUUGAAAAAACAAAGAAAUGACAUGGUGUGGAGGCUUGGGACACUGAUCACAUUCUUGCUGUAAAUGGCAUUUGUCUUCUUGGGGUUUUGAAUCAUUGCAAAGAAAUCAAGAGAUUCUUGAAAUGCACUGAUAACCUAAGAAAAGGUGACAGGAAAACAUACUUGUGGCUUCUGGUUAUACCCUUCAUCAUUGUGCUUUGUGUAGGGCCGCCCGCCUCAGUCAUCCCAGACUUGUUGGGACGAGGGACCCGUUGGACCUUAUUCAUUAUGUCUUGUGUGUUUCUUUAGAGAGAACAGAAAACAGUUUCUCUGCCUGUUUUUAUUAAGCUUCCUUGUUUUUAAGUGCUGACAGUAAAUGAAAAGAUGUGAACUAAG